AUCUCUUCACAUAUAAGUAGCUAUCUGUUAAUUCUAAUUUGAAUUAUAUCUUCUUCUUUUCCAUCUCUUUCACAUAUAAGUAGCUCUCUGUUAGUUCUAAUUUAAAACAUAUCUUCUUUUAAUUAAUUAAUUAUGUCAAAGGGAAAAUAUGCUGCUGAUAUUUCCUCCAUACAAGAAGCAUACACCAGAAUUAAAUCAUAUGUCAUUAAAACUCCAAUUAUCUCGUCCACCUCUCUUGAUGACAUAUCAAGAAGACAAUUAUACUUUAAGUGUGAAAAUUUUCAAAAGAGUGGAGCUUUUAAGUUCAGAGGUGCCUGCAAUGCAGUUUUCUCUCUCCCUGAUGAAGCUAUUUCUAAAGGUGUUAUAACACACAGCAGUGGAAAUCAUGCUGCCGCAUUGUCUCUGGCAGCAAAACUAAGAGGAGUCCCUGCAUACAUUGUUGUUCCAAACAAUGCACCAACUUGUAAAGUUGAGAAUAUUAAGCGUUAUGAUGGUAGGGUUAACUUCUCUGAGACCAAUAUGCGGUCGAGGAUAGAAGUUGCGAAUAAAUUGCGUCAAGAAAUCGGUGCUAUCCUUAUACCUUCUUCUAAUGAUGGCCGCAUAAUGAGUGGCCAGGGUACUAUAUCUUUGGAGAUUCUGGAACAAGCCCCGAAAAUCGAUACCAUUGUUGUACCAAUAAGUGGCGGAGGCAUGUUAGCCGGAGUUGCAUUAGCUGCCAAGGCCAUAAACCCGGCUAUUCGUAUUUUGGGCGCUGAGCCUAAAGGAGCUGAUGACGCAGCGCGAUCAAAAGCAGCCGGGAGGAUAAUAACAUUGCGGGAGACCGACACUAUAGCAGACGGACUUCGAGCAUUUCUCGGAGAUGUCACAUGGCCUGUCGUACGAGAUCUUGUUGACGACAUAAUAGUCGUGGAAGACACUGAAAUUAUUAAAGCCAUGAAGCUUUGUUUUAAUAUUCUUAAGAUUGUUGUAGAACCAAGUGCAGCAAUUGGCCUUGCAGCUGUUCUAUCGAACACUUUUCAGAAAAAUCCUGCAUGGAAAGAUAGCAAGCAUGUAGGAAUAGUAGUUUCAGGAGGCAACGUUGAUAUGAAUUUGUUUUAGAAAUAUUUAAACAAAAUAAUAAAUGGAACACGAGGGUCCCUAUUAUAUUUGAUAAUGGAACUUUAUUAAAAUAAUCCCAUAUGUUGAUUAUUAAAGUCAUUUUAAAUUUGAUGCAAUCUUUCAUAUGCACAUGUGACAACUCUAACUUUCGUUUUUAUA